UGUCCGCCACUAGUCUACGAGUCAAUGUGCAUGUCGAUAAGCAAUCAGCCAUAAACUUUGCUGAUAUCUAAUCAUCAUAGCUAUAUAUUCCAAUAAAUAGUGUGAAGUCGGCUAGAAAAUGCUCAGUUGAAGUAAAGACUCAUUUCAGAAUGAACAAAAUAGCAUUUACCGGAUGUGUACUGAUUGCCUUCUGCGCUCUGCAGUUCGUAAACUCAUUGAGCUGUUACACCUGUUACUCACCUGAGGAGUGUAAGAAAGCUAGAGUGAUCACUUGCAAUGAAGUUUCGGCCAAUGAAACACGUAGGGAGUUGGAACACUAUCAUAGGAACGUGCCCAACAUUAAGCCAGCUAAUACUUAA